AUGAAGAAGACGGCGUUCUGGGGUGGCCAGAUACCGCUUCCUCACCGUCGGCGCCUGGCUGCGGCCCGUGACGAGCUUGCAGUGCAUGUGUUGUGUUGCAGGGGUUUCAGCAGAGUUGAUGGAGGAGGAGACCCCUUCUCCUCUCUCCAUGGGAGGCAGCAAGAGCAGGGCCCCCACCAUGUCAAGGCAGUGGGGGCCCCCGAGGGCUUGCCUGGGGAAAGCAGGGCGCUGGGGCCCCCGGCUUGUGCAGCCGGGGGCCCCCGUCGCACCCGUGCGGCAACGCAGACACCGCAGCGUGCCGACACGCAAGAAAGCAGCUGCAGUUCUCAGCUGCAGCAACAGCAAAAGCAGCAGCAAAAACAGCAACAGAAUGUAGUUACGCGUCUCCGGCUGGACUUAGGCUCUGUAUCGCGAGCACUGGAUAUCAGCCCAAGGAAUCAAGCUGGCUUAGGGGGCCCCUUUGGGGGGGCCCCCUUAGGGGGGCCCCCCGUAGGGGCCCCCAGCUCCCCCUGCGGUGGGGCCCCACAGGAUCGCAUGCAGUGCCUUGAGAGCUCUGAUGCAGCACCAGCAACAGCAGGGGGUUACAGAGUGCGUCUGCAGCAGCACAACGAAUGGCAUGCUGAGCGUUUGUCUCCGCUGCAGCAGCAGCUGCGUCGGCAGCAGCAGCAGCAGCAGCAGCGUCGGGGUCACCUAACAGCUCGAGCCUGCACAAUGGGGGAGCCUUGGCCCACAUCCUGCAACAGCCAGCUGCAGGGAGUGCUCUUCUGUGGUGACACCCCAAGGGCCCCCCGCAGCAACGUGCAGAACCUCGUGCAGCAGCUGGCGGCGCGUCGUCUCCGCAGCAAGGGUGGGGGGGCCCUCAGGGCUUUGGGGGGGCCCCUCAGUUGCAGAGCAGACAGGGGAGCAUCUCAGCUGCGCUGCAGGGGAUCACUAGAAAGGGAUAUAAACAGCAGGGGGCCCCCAGAUACUCGCGCCAAAACUGCUGCUCAUGAAGGCACCGAAGCAACAGGAGGGGAGACGGGGGGCCCCCAUUACAUCAAAGAAACAAAAGCUGCCGAUACACCCCAGCAACCGAAUGCACCCUGCUCCUCUGCAUGCAGCGGAGGAGCUGUAGCAGGAGAUGCAUGCGAUGAAGGGUGGGGUCCUGGAGGUGUGCAUGGAGGGGGGGGGGCCCCCUUGGGGGCCCCUUUGGGGAACCCCCUGCUGCAGGCAGCACUGGCACGGGGGCCCCCCGAGAAGGUCGUUGGGUCUUAUCUGCUGGGCCGCACCAUAGGAGAGGGUACCUUCGGCAAAGUACGCGUGGCAACGCAUGCAUUGACGGGGGAAUGUGUUGCUGUGAAAGUACUAGAAAAGGAGAAGUUGAAGGCAGCAGAAGACGCAGAGAGAGUGUUGAGAGAAAUUCAUAUAUUGAGGGCUGUCAGACACCCACAUAUUAUUCAUCUCCUAGAGAUUCUGGAGACUGCGUCUCGUUUAUACUUGGUGAUGGAGUUGGCUAGUGGGGGGGAGUUAUUUGAUUUUAUAGUAAAGAGACAGCGUGUAGAUGAGGGGACAGCUCGUCGUUUGUUUAGACAAAUUCUUUCUGGUGUUGAGGCUCUGCAUUCUCUCUGCAUAUGCCACAGAGUAAUACUUUACGCGUUGCUAGUGGGCCGUCUCCCCUUUGAGGAAUCUACAACAGAGGGACUCUACCGCAGCAUCAUCAGCGGCCACUUCGGCUACCCCGAUCACCUGAGCCCCGAGGCCUGCAGUCUCCUUAAAGGCAUUCUACACACUUGUCCCCUCAAGCGUCUAGGGCCUAUGCAAAUAAAACAACACCCCUGGUUAUGCAAUGGAAAAGUUCAGCAUAUACCCAGAAGCCUCUCCUCUCGCUGGCCCAGUGGGCCCCCCGUCUGCUCCCUCACGGACUGCCGCGCCUGCGCAGAGUGGCUCGCGCCGCCAUCAGCCCAGGCGCUUGUGUUGCUGCAGCUGAGGAGAGACAUCCUAGAACAAAUGCCGCCAUCCAACUACUCUCUUGAGGCCCUCGAGUGCCACAUCCGCUGUCAUCCCGUUGGCGCCCACGCUGCCACCUAUUAUUUGCUGUGUCUUAAAAAGAGGCGGGAGGAGGAGGCAGCUGCAGCAGCAGCUGCCUCUGGCGCCAAAACAGCAGCAGCGGCAGCAGCAGCAGCAGUUCAGCAGCAGCGAAGCUCCCCCUCUGUGCCUUCUUGCGAGGGGCCCCCGGCGUUGUCUUCCACUGUACCGCGCCAGCAUACACGAAGGGGCCCCAAAGAUCAUUCUGCUUCGGCAGCAGAGAGGCAACCGCCUGCAACAGCUCCUCCCCUUGCUGCAACAGCUCGAGCGAAGGAAGCAGAGGGGCGCCGACGGCCUGCUCCUAAGCUGGGGGCCCCUAGAGAGGCACCCAAGGGGCCCCUUAGGGAGUCCCCCAACGGGUCCUUUGUGGAGGCUCAGAGGGGGGCCCUCAGGGAGGCCCCCAAGGGGGCCCCUAGGGAAGCCCCACGGGGGCCCCGUGCGGAGGCCCCCAGGGUCACCCGCGCGGAGGCCCCCAAGGGGGCCCCCACCAGAGCUGAAGUUGCCCCUAUGCAGAGGCGCUUGAAGGGGCCCUGCAGUUCUGAGACUUCCCUGCAGCAACGUCUGCAGCAGCAGCGGCAGCAACAUCAGCAGCAGCUUGCCGAGAAGCUGCUGCAGCCGCUACUUUGCCGCUCAACUAGGACACAGGCUACCCCCAGCAGCAGCAGCAGCAGCCCGAUGAACCACAGCACCGCCGGAGCAGCAAAGGCGUCUCCCUCACCCCAACCCCAGGCCUCUCGCCUCUUAGAAGAGCCCUCUCAAGCAGAAGCCCCUCCCGCUGUUUCACAGGGGGCCCCCCGAGGGGGCCCCAUAGGCGAACGUGUUGCCCCCUCUAGCAGCCCCCUAGACGAGGGUCCAGGGGGGCCGUCAGGGCAAGAGACCUUGCAGCAGCAGCAGCUGCAGCAGCAGCUGCAGCAGCAGGAAUCCCCUCCACAGCAGGUAGCGCCUAAUGAUAAUAUCGAGGGGACAGAAAAGGAGACACUGAAACCCCUAUUAGGACAGGCUGUAGCGCAGCAACAGCCAACAGCAACUAGGGAGACAGACCUUGGGUUGCUGCAGCAGCAGCAGCAGCAAGAGGAGCCGGACCCAUCUCUGAAACUGAAUCGGGUAGGUGCACCUCUGCAGGUGCAGCAGGAGCAGCAGCAGCACGAGAAGCAGCAGCAGGAGCAGCAGCAAGAUGAACAGCAGCCCAGCGUGCAGCCACAGCUAGAGAGCGGCUUGGCUGCUGUAGAUACACCGCAAGAUCUUCUGCAGCAGCAAACAAGCUGCAACGCUCUGCAGCUAACACAACUCAUGAUGCGCAAUAUGUUGGCUAGGCAGCAUCAGCAGCUUCGUGGGGAGCCGUUCCAUCAAGCAGCAGGUUUAGGGGGGGCCCCCGCCGGAGAAGCGGACCCCCUCAGGGGCCUCCUUACAGCCCGGGGGCCCCUGCCCCCCAGUGCCCAACUGAACUGUACCCUAGGGGCCCCCAAGAGCCCUGGACGAUCUCUGGAGUCCCUUUUGUCUCCACGUUGCCUUAUCCCCGCUGCUGACCUUCUGGGCGACAGCAACACACACCAGCAGCAGCAGCAGCAGCAGCAGCAGCAGCAGCAGCAGCAGCAGCAGCAGGAGGGCUGCGCUUCCUCAGCAGCAGACUGUGCCUCCCUCAGAAGCAACAACUGCCAGGCCCAACAAGAUAUGUCAGCAUGUGUAGAUACACUGCAGCUGCUAGAGACAGGACCUCUACCUGCUGCUGGUUCUUCAGGGGCCCCUGCUACUGCAGCUACUGCUGCUGCUUCCUUGGGGCCCCCGCCAAUGCUUGUGAGGCUUUCUCUUGGUGCACCCAAAGGCAACACCCACAAGGCGUUGCAGCAGACCUCAAGCCGCCGGCUAUCCUAUGAUUUUCGCGAGAUAGAUAGAGCCGCAGCAUGCGCAGAAGGGAGCAGCAGAUGCAUGCUGGAAGAGGAGCAGCAAGCGCACAAGGCAGCAAACACGAAGCCAGUGACAACUGCGACCUCCAGGCCUCUUAACGCAACAUACAGAACCUCUACUGGCAGCAAGAGGAGCAGCACCAGCAGCGGGAGCAGCAGCAGCAACAGCAGCAGCGGCUAUUCGUGCGAGCCUGUGGACAAGUCAACAAGGGUUCUCGGCUCAGCAGCAACAGCAGCCGGCGGAUCCAUUCGAACGAGGAGAGUCCCAGGCCUCACCUCCAGUCUAUCGUUGCAGCAGCAGCAGCAGCAGCAGCCGCUCCACCGGGGGCAGCAGCCGCCACUGCAGCACACCAGCACAUGGCAAGCAAAGCGAGUCUCCUUACGCGGAGAGCAGCAAAGACUGCCAGCAGCAACAGCAGCAGGGCGUACAGUCGCGGCAGCAAACACCCCAAGGCCUCUUUCCCGCUCAGAAGCCGCCCCGGGGGCCCCCGCGCCGACAAAACCCGCCAGUAAGGUUGGGGCCUCGAGGGGCCCCCCAAGGCGCGUGGCUCCUUUGCGUUUAUCUCUCAGCACAGGCUGCGCUCCCCCCGCUUCGGAUGCUGCUGUUGCAGCAGCAGCAGGUGUCCAAGCUACUGCGGCUGCUGCGCCUGCUUCUUCUAGUUCUAUGGAGAGGCGGGCCCUUGGCGUUGGCUUGAGUGGUGCGCUGAGGAGACAGUCGCUGGAGAGGCCGCCCCCAAGGGGUUCCCUGACGGCUCGCACUGCCAUUAGGCGCAGCGUCGCUGCUGCAGCGGGAAAGGCGCCAGCAGCAGGCGCAGCAGCAGGAGUUGCAGCAUCAGCACUCAACAAAGAUUGCAGGCGUCUGGGGAGCAAAGUAGGAGAAGGGAAUAACGUAAAAAUGUUGGGGGGAGGCCUUCGAGCAGCAGAGAGGCCCCUCGCCGUCGCGAGAGACAACUCCAGCGCAGGCAGCGCGGGGGCCCCCCAGCCACCACUGUCGGCAAGAAAACCUCUGAUUGACUGCUCAGGCGUCAAGCAGCUGCAGACACAUGCAGCAGCAGCUGCGACGGCCCGCGCUCCUCUGCGAGCGGCGGGACCUGCGGGUGCUCCGUCUGCUGCAGGAAGGUCAACCACAUCAGCAGCAACGGCAGCAGCAGGAGGAACUGUUCUGCAACAGAGUCGGCUCCGUUCCUUGACAGCUGAAGGCUUGCCAAGCGACCGCCUAAGGGCCCCUGUGAACCCCCGCGGUAUACCUACAGGGGCAGCAGCUGCACAGAAAGCCUCCGCCAGGGGUCCUCCAGCUGACAGCCGCGUGCUGAAGACAACUCGAGCAGCAACAAGCACGAGUCUAGCGCAAAAGGCUGCAACUGCAACUGCAGCUGGAGGGGGCCUCUCCCAUGCCCUAUCAGCUGGUGUUCCUGGGCCCGAAGUGGGGGCUCGGCCUUCAGCAGCUGCGCCAGCAGCAGCGAGCAGCAGAACACUAGAUAUGCGUGCAAAAAUAAGCACGAGAACCAAGACAACCAGCACCACUCGCUCUAGCAGCGGAAUCCCAUCCCUUGUAGCCCCUUCUAAGGUUACUCGGGGGUCGAAGGGCGGACCGUAUCCUGUGUCGUUGCUCUCAGCAAGAGCCUCUGUGCAGCUACUGCACUCCAGCAGGAAGCAGCAGCUUCCGCAGCAGCCACAGCAGCCGCAUGCGCAGCCGAAACGCGGGUCUUUGCUUCGCUGCAGGACAGCUGGAACUGCUGAGGAGAACCGAAGGGGCAGUCAAAAGCCGCUCCUUGGGGCCCCAAACAGCACCCGCUGCAGCCUGCAGCAGGGAACGUGCUGA